AUGCAAGAAAAAGAUUACGAAAAAAUAUUACCACGAUGUGUACAAGCAUCUCCUGAUGACGCCAAGUUGAUUGAACAGUUUCAACAGGGCGAUAAAUCGGUUUUCGAUAAAUUGGUGGUACGCUACCAUGACCGUACCUACCGACUCGCGCAACGUUUUGUCCCGAAUUCCGAAGAUGCCCUCGAUAUUACUCAAGAUGCUUUUAUCAGAGCCUAUCAGGGACUCCCAGAUUUCAAGAGAAAGUCUCAGUUUUACAGCUGGCUUUAUCGCAUAACUGUCAAUCUUUGCAUCGAUUUCUUGCGUAAGAACGCGCGGCGCGAAACGGUGAGCUAUGCGUUGGAAUCUGAUGACCUCCCGAUGAUGAAUAUCGCAGAUGUCAAUCUGAGACCUCCGACACAAGCAGUUGAGGACAAAGAGCUAUUGACUUAUCUCCGGCGGGCAAUUAUGCAGUUAGCUCCCAAACAGCGCGAGAUUUUCAUCCUUCGCCACUGGGAGGGCCUUUCGCUCAAAGAGAUUGCCAAUACAUUGGGACGUUCAAGCGGUACGGUGAAGGCACAUCUCUUCCAUGCACACCGGAACUUGAGAAAGCUGCUUCGCCACUAUCUUCAGGCAUAA